UACAGUCUCUUGCUGCCCCGUUGUUCAGCAGUGAAUCAGCUUAUUGCUUCACGAACAAUUCAGUCAUCCGAAACAACGGCAGCUAGGCUCCUGCAAAUUCAAAUUCAUCACGAACACGUUUGGUACAAAUGACACACCUCCACUGACUGACGAAGAGCUGAAGAUGACACCGACACACGUCGUCUGGAAUCAAAGACUUUGGUUUCAGCUUGAACAAGCAUCUGAGCAAGUCGAGUACGAGACCAUGAAAAAUUCCAGCCGCUUGCUGCUUUCCCUGUAUCCCAAAGCAAAACACAUGUAUGUCAUCAGGCAUCUAUCCGCUUCUUUGACUGACAAAUCUAGUAUUCGAGGAACCACUUCUAUGAUAGAGAAUGUUGAUUGCUAUGAUCAUCUCGUUGGUCAAGAUGACUGUAUCCGCGAAUCAAAUACGGCACGCCGUGUCUACGAAGAGGAGCUCGUUCGUUCACCUCAGGCUUCCCUGGCAUGGAUGGAGACACUGAAGUAUGUUGAUGCACGGCCAGAAACGACGAGGGAUGGGCGUCAUUACACGCAAGAAUUCAAGGGACACGAAUACAGUGCCGAAACACAACCUGAGAGACCCAGAGUUGGCGAGACGGACAUCUGGUUGAUGGAUCUCACUUUUGAGAUUUGGGCCAAACAUAUGCGUAUGUGAUGGUUGCUGUUCUGGCACAUCGCAUUCAAACAAAGAGCUGGCUAUUGUGCCAACCUGUUCUGCAUGUGCCUUUCGGACCGUUUAUAGUUAGACAAGUCAGGGAUGUCCGACAUGUCAGGGGACUGCGGAAGCUGGGACUGCUACUUCGUACUGUGAGGGAUGUCCUUCACAGAGGGAUAUGCUGGCAUAUCCCAGGAAGACAAGUUGCCAUGUCCUCAGUAUCUACCUGGUACAAGAAACGUUUCGUCGCAAAUUGACAAACCAUUUCUCAGGGG